AUGCAAAUGUUCGGACCCCAAGUUCCUCAGAGAACAAACAGCAGCAUCAACAGCAGCAGCAGCAGCAGCAUCAUUGCCGGCGGGCAUGCGUUUCACGCGCAUAGCAUGCACUUGCUGCGUGGGCCGGCUGCUUCAUCAACAGCAGCAGCAGCAGCAGCUGCUGCUGCUGCUGCAGCGCGGAGCAGCAGCUCCCACCAGUAUCAGCUGCUCUCCAGAGCCAACACCAUUGGAGGGCUUCCUUCGCAGCAGCAGGCCGCGCUGCAGUUGAUGUACCAACAGCCAGCCCGUCUAGGCACUCUACAGGCUACACCACAGCAGCAGCAGCAGCAGCAGCAGCAGCAGCAGCAGCAGCAGAUGCAGGGCAGCAGAGUAGAGGAGUGCAGCGCCAGCGGCAGCCUUCGAACACUGCCCCUCAGCAGCAGCAAAUUCAGCCGCCCCCCGUCUCUCGUGAUGCCUGCAGCAGCAGCAGGUAAGCAGCAGCACAAACCCCAUACAUUUUUUUCUCGCUGCAGCAGAGGCGAUAGAUAA